AUGAAGCUCGCAGCCUCUCUCACGCCGUGGCUAGUGCUGGCGUUCAGCUUUUCCGCUCUCCCUUCAAGUACGUACGCUGUGCCAAGGGGCAGCAAUCUGGCAUCUUCCAAUGAUGCUGCUUUCUAUAUCAGCGCCGAGCGUUUGACGCACUCGACUCCAAGGCGUAUGGAUGGAUUCCAGCGCAUGCUCGAUCGCAGGUACAGGCAGCAGCAGCAGAGGGCUGCUAUCCAGCUCAAGCAGUCUCACACAGAGAGCAACAGCAUUGACGUUCUAAGUCGCAUGUGGACUGCUGUCAGCGCCGCUCUGCCUUCGCAGCAGGGCAUCGGCUCGACUUUGGCAAGCUACGUCGAGUAUAUCACCGUCGAUGCUAUUUCUCCCAACAAAAAGAGCAAGCACGACAUCAAGGAGCCCGCAUACCAUCGACAACCCCUGGACCACUUCGACAAUACCACGCAGGCUCAAUUCGAUCAGCGCUUCUUCUACUCGACACGCCAUUACAAACCUGCCUCUGCUCGCAACAAGGGUGAAGCUGUGCCCAUCUACAUCUUGGACAGCGGCGAGGCCGAUGCCACCGCUCGCAUUCCCUUCCUCGACACUGGUAUUCUCGACAUUCUCUCAAAAGCAACAGGAGGUAUCGGGAUUGUGCUGGAACAUCGUUACUAUGGAACAUCGCUUCCCAACCGCACCGACCUUGGACCAGGCGAUACGUGGGGGGUCGAUCAGCUCCGAUGGUUGACCAACAAGCAGGCACUUGAGGACUCGGCAGACUUUAUCCGACACCUCAGUAUUCCGGGCACGGACAAUUCGGAGAAGCGCAAGAUCAUCUAUUACGGUGGCAGCUACCCUGGUGCUCGUUCAGCUCACAUGCGACUGCUUUAUCCCGAGCUUGUUCAUGGUGCCAUCGCUUCAAGCGCGGUUGUGACAGCUGUCGACGAGUUCCCCGAGUACUUUUACCCAGUCGCUCGUGGCGCACCCACCAAUUGCAGCCAAGCGAUCCAGGCGGCCAUCGCUGGUAUCGACGAGAUUGUGGCGCCCAACCCACUGACAGGCGGAGACCAGCCCGAUCGAGACGCAAAUCGAACACAGCAGCUUCUCGAGCUCUUUGGUCUCGAGGGUCUCACCAACCUCGGGGACCUGGCCAACCUCAACACGUUCCCGCUCGGCUCUUUCCAGAGCCUCAAUUGGGAUCCUGCUGUCACGUCGACCGAGUUCGGCCAAUUUUGCCAAGUGCUCACCACCUAUGGCGCCGGCGGCAGCUACGAGCAAGGCUCGGUCAGCGAGCAUCUAGAAUCGAAAGGCUUGAACGUUUCUCGCGAGGUUCACGCGUACGCACACUACAUUCGGACCAACUACGUGCAGCCCUGUACUCAGGGUGAGGACGGCGAGCGAGGCGCUUCACCGGACGACUGCUUCGGCACCGACUUUGAUGCUUUUGCGUCUGAGACCAAAUUGAGUGCUGAUCGCGCGUGGACUUUCCAAUACUGCUCGACGUGGGGCUACAUCAUGACGGCGCCACCCGUGUCACGCUACCUACCUACACGCGACGGUAAGAGCAAGUACUUUGUCUCUUCGGGACCCAAGUUGGUCUCGACGCUUCUCGACUACGCGUAUGCGCACGAGAUAUGCGAAAAGGGAUUCCCCGCGGGCAAGUUCUUCACCAUGCCCGCGCGUCCAGACAUCGACGAGGUCAACAAGCUCGGCAACUUCGAGCUCUCGGUCGACAGGCUCGCGUUUGUCGAUGGACAGUACGAUCCCUGGCGACCAGCUACCGUGCAUAGCGAAGAGUUCGCCUACGGAGGAAACAGGCCGGAUACAAUCCAGAGACCGUUCAAGUUGAUUCCGGAUUGCUGGCAUCACUGCGACGAGAACGGGGUCAAAGAUGAUACCAAAACGCCGCAGAGAGUGAGAUUGAUCCAUGAACAACAGCUCGAGUUUGUCAAGGCUUGGCUCAAGCAGGAUUGA